AUGAACUUUAUCAUUCAGAACAACCUUAAAGGAAAGCCUUAUGUCUUCGAUAGAGUGUUACCUCCGAACACAAGCCAGGAACAAGUUUAUAAUGCCUGUGCCAAACAGAUUGUUAAAGAUGUCCUUGAAGGCUACAAUGGGACAAUCUUUGCUUAUGGACAAACAUCUUCUGGAAAAACGCAUACAAUGGAGGGGAAGCUACAUGACUGUCAGCUAAUGGGCAUCAUUCCAAGAAUUGCACAUGACAUCUUUGAUCACAUCUAUUCCAUGGAUGAAAACCUGGAGUUUCACAUAAAGGUUUCCUACUUUGAAAUUUACUUGGACAAAAUAAGGGACUUGCUUGAUGUGUCAAAGACAAAUCUGGCUGUACAUGAAGAUAAAAACAGAGUUCCAUAUGUAAAGGGCUGUACAGAGAGGUUUGUCUCUAGUCCUGAAGAAGUCUUGGAUGUUAUUGAUGAAGGAAAAGCCAACCGCCAUGUAGCUGUUACAAAUAUGAAUGAACACAGCUCUAGAAGCCACAGCAUCUUCUUAAUUAAUAUUAAACAAGAAAACGUAGAAACUGAAAAAAAACUCAGUGGAAAGCUUUAUCUGGUGGAUUUGGCUGGAAGUGAGAAGGUCAGCAAAACUGGAGCAGAGGGCUCUGUUCUUGAUGAAGCUAAAAAUAUCAAUAAGUCUUUGUCUGCUCUGGGCAAUGUGAUAUCAGCUUUGGCAGAGGGAACUAAAACACAUGUUCCAUACCGAGACAGCAAAAUGACUCGAAUUCUUCAAGACUCUCUUGGUGGGAACUGCAGAACUACUAUUGUUAUCUGCUGUUCUCCUUCCAUCUUCAAUGAAGCUGAAACAAAGUCUACCCUGAUGUUUGGACAAAGAGCCAAGACUAUUAAGAACACGGUAUCUGUGAAUCUGGAGCUGACUGCUGAGGAGUGGAAGAAAAAAUAUGAGAAGGAAAAAGACAAAAACAAAGCCCUGAAAAAUGUUAUCCAGCAUCUGGAAAUGGAACUGAACAGGUGGAGAAAUGGAGAAGCUGUGCCAGAGGAUGAACAGAUCAGUGCUAAAGACCAGAAGAAUCUGGAGCCAUGCGAUAACACCCCUAUCAUUGAUAACAUUGCACCUGUUGUUGCUGGCAUUUCCACUGAGGAAAAGAGGAAAUAUGAUGAGGAGAUUGCCAGUCUCUACAGACAGCUGGAUGAUAAGGAUGAUGAAAUCAACCAGCAGAGCCAGUUGGCUGAGAAACUAAAACAGCAGAUGUUGGAUCAAGAGGAGCUUUUGGCAUCCACUAGGAGAGAUUAUGAGAAGAUCCAAGAGGAACUCACUCGUCUUCAGAUUGAGAAUGAGGCAGCGAAAGAUGAGGUGAAAGAGGUCCUCCAGGCUCUGGAGGAACUAGCUGUCAAUUAUGAUCAGAAAUCACAGGAAGUAGAGGACAAGACCCGAGCCAAUGAGCAGCUGGCUGAUGAACUGACACAAAAAACAACGGCUUUGACAGCCACCCAGAAAGAGCUGGGUCAGUUGCAGGAACUGAGCAAUCAUCAGAAAAAAAGAGCUACGGAAAUAUUGAAUUUGCUGCUUAAAGAUCUGGGAGAGAUUGGGGGAAUCAUUGGUACCAAUGAUGUGAAAACAUUAGCAGAUGUGAAUGGGGUAAUUGAGGAGGAGUUCACCAUGGCACGGCUCUACAUCAGCAAAAUGAAAUCUGAGGUUAAAUCGCUGGUGAACCGGAGCAAGCAACUGGAGAGUGCCCAAAUAGACUCCAACAGGAAGAUGAAUGCCAGUGAGAGGGAACUUGCAGCCUGCCAGCUCCUCAUCUCACAGCAUGAAGCAAAGAUCAAGUCUCUGACAGACUACAUGCAAAAUAUGGAACAGAAGAGAAGGCAACUGGAGGAGUCACAGGACUCGCUUAAUGAAGAACUUGCCAAGUUGCGUGCUCAAGAAAAAAUGCAUGAAGUCAGCUUCAAGGAUAAGGAGAAGGAGCAUCUGACUUUACUUCAGGAUGCAGAGGAAAUGAAGAAGGCACUGGAGCAGCAGAUGGAGAGUCACAGGGAAGCCCAUCAGAAGCAGCUGUCCAGGCUGCGAGAUGAGAUUGAAGAGAAGCAGAAAAUAAUUGAUGAAAUAAGAGACAUGAAUCAGAAGCUGCAACUGGAACAAGAGAAACUGAGUGCGGAUUAUGAUAAAUUAAAAAUUGAGGAUCAGGAAAGAGAAAUGAAACUGGAAAAGCUCAUAAUGCUCAAUGAUAAAAGGGAGCAAGCAAGAGAAGAUCUUAAAGGGCUGGAGGAAACUGUGGCAAGAGAACUCCAGACCCUCCACAACCUGCGCAAACUCUUUGUUCAAGACCUCACCACUCGGGUCAAAAAAAGUGUUGAAUUGGACAGCGAUGAUGGAGGGGGAAGUGCUGCUCAGAAACAGAAAAUUUCCUUUCUUGAGAACAACCUGGAGCAGCUUACAAAGGUUCACAAACAGCUGGUACGUGAUAAUGCAGAUCUUCGUUGUGAGCUUCCUAAGCUGGAAAAACGACUUCGAGCUACGGCAGAAAGAGUUAAGGCCUUGGAGAGUGCACUGAAGGAAGCCAAGGAGAAUGCCAUGCGAGACCGCAAACGAUACCAGCAGGAAGUAGAUCGUAUAAAGGAGGCUGUAAGAGCCAAAAACAUGGCAAGAAGAGCGCACACUGCUCAAAUUGCCAAACCUAUCCGCCCUGGCCAUUACCCAGCAUCUUCUCCGACAGCUGUUCAUGCCAUCCGAGGAGGAGGAGGAGGAUUGUCAAACUCCAGCUACUACCAUAAUGUGAAAUAAACAAUACGUCGGACUUCACUUAGCAUGUUAAAGACUGUCAUUAAUUCACUGACUUUUUUUUCUUCAACCUGAUCUGCAUUCUGUUCAACAUGAGCUUUUCACAGACAUCAGCAGCGUACCAGGUUUCAAAUAUUUUGAGCUUUGUAGAAUCUUCAUGUGUACAGAAGUGUUCCACUCCACUCUUCUUCAGAACUAUGUACAAUGUAGUUACCAUAUCCAUCUGUGUAACAAUAGAAAGUCUGCCAUUCCAAAUCUUUCACUGACUGCAUUUGACCUCUUGGCGCUGGUUAGGCUGGGGCCUUUAUGCUGGUAUUGAUGCUUUUUUGAAGUGCUCAAUUGCAUCAGUAAAUCCUGACUUCUGACAGCAAAGAAUCAAUCAUUCAGCAACCAAGUGCCAUUGAAGGCAGGUGAUUGUGUUCCGUCAUGUCUGAUUUACUGUAUAAUAUACAUAUUAUUUUAUAUUUUUAGGGGAAGAAAAUGUGCUGCUAUACGGUUUGAAAUAAUUUUAACACUUAACAUUUUCGGAAAUAAAUUUCCCCAAAGAAGCAUUUGUAAUAUCCUGGUAAAAUCUUUGGAACUGUAUAAUAACAUUAGUACGGGACUUGUUAAAGAUCAAACUAUGGAAUGAAGAGAAAUCUGUUAGUUUAGAUCUAGGUUUUGAAGUUCAGUGGUCACAUGAAUACAUGUAUGUGAGAACUAUCUUAAAAUGUAACAUCUGAUCUGCUUGUAAUUCUACUUCUGAUGAGGGGAUUUCCCUGAGUUUGAUGGCUAGCCCUGUGUUUAUAAGCAUUGUUCAUUAUGGACUCCUGAAAGCUUUCAGAAUGCUGCAAAAAUCUUGUAUUGGAAAAGGUGACAGGUAUGCCACCUCCCCCCACCACUUUUGACAAGCCCUGAUCUGUUCCUGUUGGAAUUCAGAAAUGGGACCUAGCUGCUGAGCACCUAUAGAGAUCUACUGAGGGCUUAAAAGGGAGGAGAGGGUAUCUACCUGAACUGUGCUGUGCAAAGAGAAUUUAGGAACAUGACAUGUCUUAAAACAGCACAUUGCAAGAAGCAAAGAAUGUAUGUAUGUAUUAGAACUUGACAAUAUGCAAGUCUGUUAAUGGGUAGUAUAGUUUUAGCUCAUUCAAAUGAUGAUGAGACUACUUGUCUUUCUUGGUUUCUCCUAUAGUGCCAGAUAAGAUGUUUCCAUCUUCUCAGCAGAGGGCAUUGAAAGAAUUAUGGUAAAAUUAGGUUGGCAGGCAAAAGUCAAACCACUUAUGUUGGAUAUCAACUGCUUUUGUUUCACAUAGACAUUUUAAGCUAUAUUAUGUCUUAAAAGCAGGAUGGAUUUCACAGAGACUAAAGCAGAGUGUACCCUUUAGUCUUGUUUUGCUGCUGUUUGCUUUUAUUUAAUUUUGGAGUUAGUUUUUGGAUUCUGAACAUGUUGUGCUGGUAGACAUAUUACAAACACUUAACUGCCAUAGCAUAUAUCCAAACGUUAUGAAUUGACUUCAGAUUUUUUUUCUAAAGAAGUUAUCUGGAAUCUUUCAACUGUAGCAAAAGAAAUGGGGUUUAAUUUAAUUUUUUUUAAUGUUGCACUAUUUUUGGGAGCAUUUUUGUUAAAAAUAUUUAAUAAAGAUUGAAAAGUUGCAUUUGUUUAAUUUAUUAUGUAUUUCCAAGUUUCAUAAUUCUCUGAUUUUUCUUACUGUGCAUAUACAUUGCCAGGAAAAUGAACUGUGAAUUUGCCAUAUGCAGUCUCUAAUAAUGGGACUAAUUCAAAGCCACUCUGUCCCACCCUAUCAACUAUUCACAGCUUAAAUGUGUAUUCUGAAUAAAGCACCUACUUUCCUUUCAUUUUAUUUCUAAAGCAGUUGUCUUAGGGAGGAGUGUCAACUAUUAAUUGCCAUUGUUUUAUUAGACAUCAAACAUUUUUGUAUUAUUUCCUCAUUCUGAACUAUAUAUAGCUUGAAUGCUAUAGAAUAAAUUUGGUCCCAUGGUCUUGAUUUGAAAUCUGUCACCGAGCAAUUUUUAAGUGUAGCUCUAGUUCAAAAAAUUAUGUGGUCUUCACAUACAUCAGAACAAAAAUAAAACCUUUCAAUUAUACAUAACAGUUUAGACGGUUAUCUUGAGAGUCAUUGAUAAGUUAGCUUUGAUGCCUCUUAAUAAUCAUGUUAGUGCUGAUCAGCCAGUCAGUUCAUCUAGCUUAGAUCACUUAAGCGCCUCCAAGCUAAUUUUUAAAAUUAUGACUAUAAGAUGACUUUCUAUCACUGAAAUGCUUAAGGGGUAUGUUAUACCGUAAUCCUAAAAGAAAGAGUUGCUGGGCGCGCCUACACAUGCAUUAAUAUGCCUUUUCUAAUAUGCAUUAAACUUAGUACCUUCAAUAUGAGGUGCUAAAUUAAUAUGCAUCAGGUAGUGUUAAUGCACAGUAGCGCAUAUGCACACUUUAGUGAUGCUUAAUGUGCAAUAGACUCUUUUACUGUGCAUUAAAGUGCAAUAAAUGUCACAGUUACUAGCGUAAUGUCACAGUUUGUGAUGCUUUAAUGCGCAGUAGUCUACUGCACAUUAAAAUGUACAUGUAGAUGCACCCACUGUUUACCUAAUUGAUCUAAUUACUGCAUCAGUAUAACUUAUUCUGCUUUAAAAACUUUGUUCAGUGAGACUAUUUUAGUUGAGAUUUAAUUUCACACUCUUCAGUUUCUGUUUAGCUUUUUUUAACCACUUUCAUAGUAUCUUGCACAUUUUAUACAUAGAAGUGAAAAUCACGUCUCUGCUACGCAGAGCUCAAAGGCCUGUAAUUUACUAUUUUACCCUAUUUAAUGGUAUUUUACUCUUUCUUUUCUCCCUGAAUAUUGCAUUUUAUAUUUAUUGUAGAUAGUUUUUUUAGUUAACUGACAAAAAUUGUUGUUUAAGUAGUUUAGAUUUAACUUCAUAGCUAACAUUUCAUGCACAGGACAUGUUUGAGUAAAACUGGAAAUGCUGUUUAUGAACAGAAAAUGUUUACAAUAUGAAAGUAAAAUAUGCAUUUUUUUGCUAUUGAUCAAUAAUGUGUUGCUGCUCAGUUGUGUUUCUGUAACUGAUGAGUUCUUAAGUUGUAUUUAUCCUUGAAUUCAUUUUUUAUUAGCUAA